UUUGGUGUGUCGUCGUCGUCUUUCCCGUCGUUCGCCCAUCACUCUCCACAUAUAAUUUACUGUCAAUCACGACAACAACGACGCUUGGGAAAAGCUUGUAAACAGUCAAGUUGAGUACUACGGUUGACUCUAUCUAUUACCAGUAGUGUUAUUGUUACCGGUGUUCAUUGGAAUUACUGCUUUUUGAUUUCCUCAUGAGACUGCACAGUCACCGUGCCGUCGUGGCGGCGGCAUCCUUCUGCCUGUGGACUUGCUUGGCCUCGUUCUCGGGAACGGUGGAAGGUCGUGCCAUUCUCGGUGUCGACUUGGGCUCACUCUACAUGAAAGUGGCACUCGUACAGUCGGGGAGUCCGUUGGAAAUCGUUACCAAUUUACACGCCAAGCGCAAGACGGAACAAAUGAUUCUAUUUGAUCAACAACAACGCUUUUACGGGGCCGACGCAUCCGCACUCUUGGCUCGCAAGUCCACCAAAACACCCUCCGCAAUGUCCGUACUGCUCGGACGAGACGAGCAACAUCCCACCGUGCGAGUCCUUGCGGAACGUCACUACCCCGUCCGUCCCGUCUACAACGAAACCCGUGCGGGAGUGACCCUCACCGUGGACGGUGUGGAGUUCACACCGGAAGAGCUCGUCGCCAUGGUACUCAGUCACGCCGUCGAUAUAUCCGUCGCUUACGCCACAGAACAAGGAUCCACCAUUGCCCCACCCAAGGAUGUCAUGCUGACCGUUCCCUCCUACGCCACACAACCGGAACGGCAGGCUUUGUUGGAUGCGGCGGGACUCGCCGAACUCAACGUACUCGGACUCAUUGACGAGAAUACCGCUUCUGCCCUCCACUACGCCAUGGACAAGUCCUUUGAAACACCGCAGCUUAUCAUCUUCUACAACAUGGGCGCAUCCGCACUCCAGGUUUCACUCAUUCGUUUCUUCAACUACGAACAACCGCAAAAGUUCGGUAAGCCCAAAACGGUACCCGCUCUGGAAGUGCUCGGGAAAUCUUGGGACGCCACCUUGGGUGGACAGGCCUUUGAUCAAAUCGUAGUGGAAUACCUAGCGGACGAAUUUAACAAGGCCUGGCACGCCUCCACCGGAAAGACCGAGCAGGACGUCCGGAGCUUCCCCCGUGCCAUGAUUAAGUUGCGUCUCCAGGCCAACAAGGUCAAGCACGUCCUGUCCGCCAAUUCCGAAAUCCCCGUCUACAUGGAAGCCGUUCACGACGACGUUGCCCUCUCGACCACCAUGACCCGGGAACAACUCGAAUUACUCGCCUCCUCGCUCUGGGCACGAGCCAUUCAACCCGUCACGGACGUCCUCCAGCAAGCCAAUGUGACGUUGGAGGAGUUGACCAUAUUGGAAUUGCUCGGUGGAGGUAUGCGGGUACCGCGGAUACAGACGGAACUGAUCGAAAACGGACUCGGCGGCAACGCCGCCCUGUUGGGCAAACACAUCAAUUCCGACGAAUCCAUGGCCUUGGGUGCCGCCUUUGCCGGAGCCAACAUUUCCACCGCCUUUCGAGUCCGUCAGGUUGGCAUGACUGAUCUUAACCCGUUUGCCUUGUCCGUAACUUUGACCAAUCUCCCGGACGGCGACGACACCGCAUCGGAGGCUUCCAAUGACGAAUGGAGUAAGAAAGCGACCAUUUUUAAAGCGUUUGGCAAAGUGGGUGUUAAGAAAACUAUCGCCUUUACGCACGAUACCGAUGUUCACUGCGCCUUGGACUACGAUACAGAUGGCGAAGCGAGCGUGUUGCCGGCAGGAUCACAGACGGCUCUAGAACGGUACAGGAUAUCGGGCGUAGCCGCCUUUGCGAAGGAAAUGGCCGACAAGGGUCUGGGUAAACCCAAACUUUCCUUGCAGUUUGAAUUGAGUGCUUCCGGUAUCACUGCCCUCGUGAAAGCCGAAGCUGCAGUGGAAGAAACCUACACUGUCGAAGAGGAAGUCGAAGUCGAAGACGAUGGCGUCACCAACACGACCGAGGACGAGAGCGAAGAAGAAAAGAAGAACGAUACCGAAGCUGAUGGCGAAAACAAAACGGACGAUUCGCAUGAGGUGAAAAAGGAGAAGAAAACAAUAAAGGUGCAAAAGACGUUGUUUGGCUUACGCCAACGCCGACCUGCUUUUGUCGUAAAGGAAAAGAAACGCCUGCACAAGAAGGAGCUCACGGUGGAUACGUAUCAUGUUGGUCGCGUAACUCCAUAUUCCGCGGAGCUGCUGGCAGCAUCGAAGGCGAAGCUCCUCGAGAUGGCUCGAAACGACAAAGAACGCAUGAUGUUGGAAGAAGCGAAAAACCGCGUCGAAUCGUACAUUUACUACAUCAAGAAUAAACUCACCGACGAUGAAGAGGAAAUCGGCACGGUGUCAACCAAGGAGCAACGAGAAGAGUGCCAAAAAGCGGCCGAAGCGGCUGAAGAAUGGUUGUACGACGACGGCUACUCAGCGGACCUGGCUACAAUGGAGGACAAGUAUGCCGAAUUGUCGGCACCCUUCGAAAAAAUCAUGCUCCGUGUGAAAGAGACUGCCGCUCGUCCGGAAGCCGUAAAGGUACUGGAGAAGAAAUUGGAGGAGGUUGAAGCUCUCAUCAAGAAGUGGGAGACUUCCAUGCCGCAGGUAACAGAGGAGGAGCGAACGAAAGUCUUGGAUCAGGUGGAGGAGGUUCGCAAGUGGAUUACCAAGGUCGAAGGCAUGCAAGCCAAGAAGAAGCCUCAUGACGAACCAGCUUUUGUGAGUGCGGACGUACCGUUGCAAGCAAAGGACUUGGAACUCAUGGUAGUUCGACUAAGCAAGAAACCCAAGCCCAAGCCACCCAAAAAAAAGAAAGAUGACAAGAAGCCUGGUAACUCGACAGACGCUAUGGAGGACACUGAGGAUCCGGCCGCGGUGAACAAAACCGAAGCCAAUUCGAGCGAAAGCGCUGAAAACAAGAGCGAAGCCGAAGGGGCGCAGAGCAACGAAACACUUCCGGAACCCACGAGUGGCGACGCGGGCAUGGAUGAAGAGCUGUAGAUAGGAAGGUCUUUUAGUUACUUUCAGUCAAUUACUGAAUCCAUAGGGAUAGGAUGUUAUCGUACGUG